AUGACGAGGCAAGAUAUCACUGUAGUGCAAAAGGAGGAUCCGGAUCUUCAUGACGAAGCAAGAUAUCACAGAAGUGUAAAAGGAGGACCCCGUCUUGAAUGGAUUAACAAAGGAGUGAGGCCGGAGUGGAAAGAAAUUUCCAAGCACGGCCACACCACCACCGCUCUUGUCAACAUCACCCAAGAUUUAUUCAAAGCAACUGAUAAUAAUGAUGUAACUGCCAUGGUACUCUUGGACUACAUCAAAGCAUUCGAUACAUUAGACCUGUGUGUGAAAAAAGGUGGUACACGAGCCCUUCUAGAAUUCAUCCGAAUUCAUCCUGAUGUUAGGGCAGCAGGCAGUGAAGUUCACUUUUUCGACAAAAAUUAUAUGAAAGGCUUUCAGUGGUACCGUUCACACAUGCCCGCUACUUUAGAAGGACAGUUAACCAUAGAAAAAACGCCAUCGUACUUCAUAACGAAAGAGGCUCCUCGCAGAGUGCAUCUAAUGAAUCCCUCCACUAAAUUACUCGUAGUAGUUAGAGAUCCCGUAACUAGAGCUAUAUCAGAUUAUGCUCAAGCCAUAUCGAAGAAAACGGCAAUGAAGCCUUUUGAACAACUUGUUUUUGUUAAUGGUUCCAUCGGCAGUAUUAUUGAUACUUCUUGGGGUCCUGUCAAACUAGGCAUCUAUUCCAG